AAGUGAAGACCUGACCGGACGCACAGAGAAAGAGGAGCGUGAUCUUGCUUGAUGUUGCACACUUCUGGUCAGCAUUAUUAUUGCAAUCAACUUGGAAAACUUUGACUUUUCCCCUGGUUUUUUUUUUUUUAAGGAAAUGAAGCCUUUGCCUUUGAACGCAGCGCUGAAACACUUCACUUUUACGCGACAUUGAUACCCAGACGCGGAAACGCCACCGGGACUGAGAGUUUAAAUUAAGCAUCAUAUGAUGUUGCUUAUGUAAUUUUUUUUCUUUUGCAAUUGUGUUCAUAUUUAUUGUUUGCCUAAUAGCAGGGUCGUGCUUUUCGGAAGUUUCCAACUUGCGCAAGGUUUUUUCCCUUCUAAGAGAAACAUUGCGUGUAUUGUAGCCGUUUAUAAUAAGCGGUACAAUGACCUGCAGCUGAAACCGGGCAUUUGAAGACUUUUCUCCUGAACUUUAGUGGCUCUGAUCUGCUGAACAUGAAGCCGGCCACCUGUCUGCUCUGUGCACUUCUGUCGCUGUGUUUACCUCUCCUCUCCUGGACAGCAGCUCUUAGCAGCCAUGAAGACAACAUGGUGGCGAGCUCCGGGGUGACCCAGUGGGAAUUCAACGAUGUGGGCAACAUCAGCACUUUCCUAUUGGACCAGGAGACUGGGAUACUCUACCUGGGGGCACGUGAUGCUAUUGUUGCCGUGGAUACUGCCAACAAAUUAAAGUCUCCCAAGAUUGAAUGGAAUGUGCCAGAAGAGAAAAGCAGAUCUUGUGUGACAAAAGGAAAGACGGAGGCUGACUGUAAUAACUACAUCCGUUUACUGGAGUUUCUGGGAGAUGGCCGCAUUUAUGCCUGUGGCACAUAUGCCUUCGACCCCCAGUGUGCCUUUGUGAAUAUCUCAACCUUUACUCUGGAAAAAUCAGAGGAUGGCAAAGAGAAGAUGGAGCUCGGAAAAGGGAAAUGCCCCUUUGAGCCCAGCCAGCACUAUACUGCAGUGAUGGCAGGGGGAAUCCUGUACACCGCUACUACAAGUAACUUCCUGGGCACUCUAUUUGACAUCUCCAGAGCAACAGGCAUUGAGCAAGAGCGCAUCCGGACUGAGCGGUCCAUCAACUGGCUCAGCGAUCCAGAGUUUGUCAGCUCAGCCUUUAUCCAGGAGGAUCAAAAGAGCAACCCAACAGGUGAAGAUGACAAGAUCUACUUCUUCUUUACUGAAGUGGCCAAAGAAUAUGACCUCUACACCAAGGUCAAAGUGCCCAGGGUGGCUCGAGUGUGUAAGUCUGAUAUCGGGGGCAUGAAGACCUUACAGAGACGUUGGACAACGUUCCUUAAGGCUCAGUUGGUGUGUGAGGAUCGAGGAAGCGGCCAGCGCUUUAACAUUCUAAGAGACGUCUUCACUAAACAGCACCAGCCGGGAGACCCCAGCAGCACACACUUCUAUGGUAUCUUCAGCUCGCAGUGGGAGCAGGAGGAAAUGUCUGCAGUUUGUGUGUACAGUCUGGAAGACAUCACUAAGGUGAUGGACGGACCCUUUAAAGAGCUGAAAAAGAGUUGUGAGAACUGGAUGAACCCAGAGCCAGUGCCUACACCAAGACCAGGCCAGUGUCUGAACAGUGCUCUGAAAGAAGAAGGCUUUGAUUCGUCUCUGAAGUUGCCUGAUAAAGUGCUGACCUUUGUGCGAGACCACCCUCUUAUGGAGAACAGUGUGGUGUCAGCACCCCUACUGGUCAGGAGUGGAGUUACAUACACCAAACUGGCUGUAACACUGACCCCUGUCUCCAAUGGCAACAACAAGCUUAAUGCUACUGUUCUGCAUCUUGGAACAGAUCAUGGUGAGAUUCACAGAAUUGCAGUAGUUGGACCAAAUGCAACUCUUCUGCAAGAAAUCCCUCUUUUUCCAGCCUCAGAGCCUAUCAACAAUAUUCUUCUAUACAAGGGUGAAGCUCUGGUUGGUUCUCCUAACUCUCUGGUGAAGUUGCCUACAGAAGGCUGCUCUCUCUACCCUACCUGUGAAGUGUGUGCACGUGCACGUCCACUCGGCUGUGUGUGGAGACAUAAAGAAGCUGCCUGCAGCCUGGCCAUCACAGAACCUGGUGAAGUGCAAAGUCCUGACGAUUUGGUCAGUCGAUGUGGAAGGAGUGACAAUCACUGCGCUACCGAGAUUCAAAACCUGCAUGUGGUAGAGGGGCUGCAUGUACUACUUCCCUGCGUGCAGGUCUCACCUCGUCCCUGCCACUGGCAGCACCCUCCCCAAAGACACAUUCGACGACGCCCCACUGACUUGGAGGUUCGGGUUACUUUGGAAAGCAACGGCACUUACGAGUGUUUCUGUGAGGAAGCUGGGCGAGAGCAGCCAGCCUGUCCCAGGGCUGCAUACAGACUUCUCUUACAGGAACCGAGUGCAAGUUUGAGCAUCAUGCAAGCAUCCAGCCGUCACUUUGUGGCAGGGUACAUUCUAUUUUUCAUCUUUGGGUUUGCAGUUUGUGGCUUACUUGUGUGUCUGUUUCACCGGCGUCGCAAGAUAAGAGGAGGCGGUCAUUCUUCAUCAAUCUCAGAAAAGGGGCGGGACCUGCUGCCCUCUUCAGACACACCCCAAUCACCCAGCAGUGCCAGUCUUUUCUCAGAGGCCGUUCCCUAUACAGAGAAAAGGAAUGGAACGCUGAAUGGGCACGGAGGUCAUAUACCUGAUCUGAAGUGUGGUUAUAUUUAUGCUAAUUCAAGUGGACUCAAGCUACCGGAUACUUCAGUCAACCUGAAGGAAGAAUUUCCUGGCAGAGAGAGGGCAGGACAAGAAGGAGAGGAGGAGAGACUAGGGGAUGGACUCAGUGAAAUAGGGGAUGGACUUGUAGCACUGGAGGAAGAAUUUGCAAAGUUGCAUGUGCUGAGAGGAGCACCAUUAGCACAGUGUGAAGAGAGCUCCAUCUGAGGACACUUGCACCAAGAACCACAGUAUAGGAACUGUGUGCGUAAACACAUGUACAUCCUUGACACUACCUAUAAAUUUGUGUGGUAGCUUGUAGCAAAUCUGAGAGAACAAAAAAUUUAAGGAAAUGUGUGGGCCUGUAAAGACAAUCACAUAUACAUACCCAUUAAGAAGCUUUGUGUUCUCUAUGAGCUCUUUUCAAGCUUGUACGGUGCACAGUGUGUGUUCGUGUGUGUGUUUUACUGACCAGAAGGAUAGAAGCAGACUAACUUCUCCAACCUAAGGUUCAACCGUCUCCAACACAAUCACACAAUCCAUGUACUCAAUGCGGCAUGUGUGCAUGCUUAACCUCUCUCUGAGCUGUUUUUAGCCCAGGACUGAACAAUCCAAAUCUGUCAAGGACGAUCACAAAGUGAGAUGUCAGACCAAACCGCAUUUGAUGACUAAACACCAAAAGAUCCAUCAGCUUUAAGCAAAGCUUCCUUAAAGUUCUCACACUGUCAUUGUUCACUAGUGACUGUUCACAGUAAGUCAGCAGAGUGGUGGCACAGACAACAGAACCACAUCUGCUCGCUGCAUGCAAGGGAAAAAUGAAGAGGUGCAGCAAAACCACUGUGCUAAAAGCAGGGGUACAAUGCACAUGAUCAUAGAAGAGUGACAAGUGGAAUCUAACAAUCUAUACAAUAAAGUUUUAAGUAUAUCUUAAUUUAUACCUAAAAUAUACUCUUUCCAGAGUACUGGUGACAUGCAGAGAAAAUAAGUACUGCAGUAUGUUUGUUUCUUUAUAGAAGUGUUCAUCUAGGCUGAAACUUUAAUUACCAAAGGAAUGGAAAUAUCCAGAAGAAACAUUCUUGUCGGGCACGGUGACGCAAAAGGUCAUGGUCCUACCAAGAAAUUAGAGCUACACUUCUUAAAUGACUGGUUUGUUCAAUAGUCAUAAUGAUGUCUAUAACAAAUAUUGUACAUUUAAAUAUUCCGUAAAAUAAUUCAUUGUUUAUUUUGUAGUGACAUUUAAACCUUUCCACAAUUGUAACUGAAUUGUUGUUUUAAGUAUGUCACUGCCAUUUUUCUUCCUGUGAUCACUCUGUGUAGUUUUUUGUGUGUUUAAUGGAAAUGUAACACUCAGGAACAACCUUUUGAUCUUAAACAUGUCUACUGUUAGCAUUUGGUAGCAUAGAUAAUCAUAGAUACAUAUUUAUAAUUAAUAAUAGUACUACUAGUUCCUUAGCACACUGUACUUUGUCUCAAAUUUAAUGUAAUCGAUUGACUGAUUAUUCCUGAGUGUUACUUUUCCUGUUUUUUCUUAUGAAUAAAACAAUGUUAAUUAAUGUACAUAUGUUAUAUUCUAAGGUUUUAUUUUUAUAAUUUAUAUAAUAAAUGUACAGAUGUUUUGAACAGAGAGGUUUGUGUGAGCAUGACCAUAUGAAAGAAUUAUGGUUUGGUUUUUUUUUUUAAUAAAAAAAUAACCCUGA